AUGGAGUCUAAAUUUAAACGUGAAUCGGCAGUGACAUAUCAAGAGCCAAUGACAUAUGAGGAAAAGCGGCAACUUUCUAUGGAUAUAAAUAUGUUGUCUGCUGAUAAAUUGGAAACUGUUGUCAACAUUAUUGAAGCUCGUGAGAAUAUUACAGAUUUUGAUCAGGACGAAGUUACGAUCGAUUUUGAGACGCUUAAAACGGUGACACUUCGGGAGUUGGAAGCUUAUGUUAAAAUGGUUCAGCGACAGGUUGAUAAUGGUUUCAAAAUUAGUGCUCCCAAGGAAUCGGUGCUUCCAAAGGAUUUUAUUGAGGGUGACUAAAAUACAAUUUAUCUUUAAGUUUUGCAUAAAUUUUGUUUUUGUUCUAUAAUUUAUUUGAAUUUUUGUUUCA